AUGUCCACCUCCGACAAAUCAGUAAGUCAGCCGCAAGGGGAAGGGUCAAGAGGCGCCACGGGCUCUCCAGGUCCUGCUCAAGAUAACAAAGACGCUGGGGUACAAGCGCCGUCCAAUCCACAGUCCCCCGUUGCCUCGGGGGCUUCCAAUGGGAAGAGGUCCAUGCUGGACGUCGGUGAUGAGAAGACCCCUUUCACCUCCGAGAAGGCUGUCGUCACCCACGAAAAGGAUGUUGGUGGCGAUCGGCACAUCGCGGUCGGCUCAGCCACCGAAGUCCCAGACUUUGACGGCCCGGCCUCAUCGUCCAACAGGACCGGGUCAACCGCCUUCGACCCUGCCGACCCCCUGAACUAUGCUCGCAUGCGGAAAGAUGAUGUCUCCAAGGCCCAGAUGAAAAAGGAGCACCCCACUGGGAACAAGAGGAAGCUCAGGAAGUACUAUACACGGCAGAAUGAUCUCAUCGACCAAUUCCUCGGCGCCGGCGAUGAGGAACGAGCCGGUAUUGCUGAAGAGGUCAAGAUGGGACCCAGGAUCCGGUUCGCCGUCAACACUUCUUUCGGUGUCAACUUUUGUCUCUUCUGCAUCCAGCUGUAUGCCGCUGUAUCCACGGGUUCACUGUCGCUGUUUGCUACUGCAGCAGAUGCCUUCAUGGACUUGGUGUCUUCCUUCGUAAUGUGGACCACGUCAAGGAUGGCCGCCCGUCCCAGCAUAUACAAGUACCCUGUGGGACGAACCAGAAUCGAAACAAUAGGCAUCAUCUUGUUCUGCGCCUUGAUGACCACUGUUGCCAUCCAACUGAUGGUGGAGUCGGGAAGAUCUCUUGGUGAAGGGGAACAACAUUCCGAGCAGCUUCAGAUCAUUCCUCUGGUCUGUGUUGCCUGCGCAAUUGGCGCCAAAUCAACUUUGAUGAUCUACUGCUUCUUCCUGCGGAAGUAUCCUUCAGUCCACGUCUUUUUCAUCGACCACCGUAACGAUAUCGUGGUCAACAUCUUCGGCCUGGUCAUGUCCAUCGUUGGUGACCGAUUUGUCUGGUAUCUCGAUCCCAUCGGUGCCAUCUGCAUCGCUUUGUUGAUCUUGUUCUCGUGGGUGUCCAACGCCUUUGAGCAGGUGUGGUUACUGGUCGGCAAGGGAGCGCCCAAGGAGUUCAUCUCCAAGCUCGUGUACAUGACCAUCACUCAUGACGAGAGGAUCCUCAAGGUGGAUACCUGCCGCGCCUACCACGCUGGUCAAAAGUAUUACGUCGAGGUUGACGUGGUCAUGGACGAGAAGACGCCGCUCAAGGUUUCGCAUGACGUCAAUCAGGAUCUCCAGCGCAAGCUGGAAGGGUUGCAAGACGUCGAGCGGGCCUUCGUCCACGUCGAUUACGAGCACGAGCACGACAUCGACCAGGAGCACAAGCCGCUCUACGAGGCAAAGAAGCCACGGCGCACCCUGAAGGAGGUGCUUCUCGCGUUUAGGAACAAGACCAGGAAGGACGAUUCUGAGACGGCCAGCGGUGGAGUGUUGAGCGGGAGCUCAUCCUGA